AUGGAUUUAGCAAUUUUUAUGAUUUCGAUCGAGCGCCUUAUAGCUUCGACAUUUAUCAAAAGCUAUGAAUACAUGCUUAAUUCGGUUGCACACGCAACUGGACUUGUUACCCUUUUUUUAGUGUUUGAUUUUAUCUGCUCUUGCUGCCUGUUUUCUGAUACCAAACUGCAUGAAAAUUCCCCUACGCUCGUAUACGUUAGUUUUGCAGCUACUAUAACAAGAAUUACUGGUUUUUUCCUCCUUCGUCUAACCCAGAAAAUAUCGCGUCGUCAUUUGAGCGGACCUGAUCGCACACUUUCCGGGAGCUAUCAAUGUCAUGAAAACAUAGUUCUAUUACUCGCACAUACUUACAACCUCUCAGUGGCAUUGAGCGUGUUUCUUACGCCCACCCUGCUCAUUGCUCUGCAACCAAAGCUGGCUGCUAAGUUUUCGAAAAAGAACAAGACUGUACAUGUGUCUCCAAUGGACGCUGGCACUGCAACGGCCACUUAUUUCGACGAGCUUAACAAAAUGUGUGCUGCCAAUGACGAGCAAGCUUUGGCGGCAGAACACAUUGAAGGCGAAUUCCAAGACAGCCAAGCUUCAUACUAUGUCAAGGCGUACUAUGCUGCACGAUUUCGACUGCUUCGUAAGCUGCUCUUUGUUGAAGGUGAAGGGGCAUUCAUAAGGUCAUUGUCUCAAAGCACGUUUUGGACUCCUCAGGGUGGAAAAUCUGGACGAUUCUUCUAUCGAACCCAGGAUGAUCGUUUUGUGGUCAAGCAAAUGCCACGAUUUGAGAUUCAAUCAUUUGUGAUAUUUGCAUCUCAUUAUUUUGAUUAUGUGAAGACAGCUGUAGUGGAAAAUAAGCUAACAACGCUAUGUAAGCACGUUAUGGAUUACUCUUUGCUAGUGGGUGUUGAUGAGACUAAUGGAGAGCUUAUACUGGGAAUAGUUGAUUAUAUGAGAACUUACACCCUCGACAAGGUUGGUCUCUUUUAG